UAUUUUUAUUUGUUACUGAAUAUUUAGUAAACAAGUGCAUUAUUGCGACCAAAUAUUUUGAGUACUAAAAUUGUCGGAAUCAUGUCUGCAUCAGCUAGAAGCAGUGGUAAAAUAAACAAAAAAGAUAAAAGUACAAACAACGUCAUAAAAAUACCUAAAAGUGUGUUUGAAAGGACAUUAGAAGUGAUAAAUAAUCCGCAACAUUCAACAUGGACUGACCGAAAUAAUUCUUGCGCAAAAGCUAUUCAUCGUAGCGCAGAAAAUAACAUAAGGGGAAUGCGUUCAGUAGACAUUUGCACAAAAAUGUUUUUAGCAAGAACUUGUUUAAUGAAGCGGGACAUUAAAAACCUGGCAAAAGCGCUUACUGUUACUACACCAAGUGGCGGACGAAUAGAUGUCAGAUGGUACCCACUUUGUGUAAAGUAUGGAGUACUUUGCUUGGCGCAUAAGAACCAUCCUUUAUUUAAUUUAUACCUGCAAUCAUUGGCUUCAUCAGAUAAUAGCGAAGAAACUGUGAAAAAGUGUACACAAUAUUCUCAAAAUGUAGAAACAUGUAAUAAAUAAAGCACAACGUGCAAUUUAAA